AUAAGGUUCUAACUAUAGGCAGCACUGGUCACUGGUUAACUUGACGAUUUUUACUGCCUUCAGAAGACUCUAUUUUCAAAAUGGCAGCUAUAAAAAGAUUGCAAAAGGAAUUAGGCGAUCUGAGAGCCUCUGCAAUGAAAAAUUUUACAAUUCAAGUAGAUGAAUCAAAUAUUCUUACUUGGCAAGGACUUAUAUUGCCGGACAAUGCUCCUUAUAAUAAGGGAGCAUUUCGCAUCGAAAUAAAUUUUCCUGCAGAGUAUCCUUUUAAGCCACCAAGGAUAAAUUUUAAAACAAAAAUUUAUCAUCCAAAUGUGGAUGAAAAAGGACAAGUAUGUUUACCGAUUAUAAGCGCUGAAAAUUGGAAGCCAGCAACAAAAACAGAUCAGGUGAUACAAGCUUUAAUAGCUUUAGUAAAUGAUCCAGAACCAGAACAUCCGUUAAGAGCAGAUUUAGCCGAAGAAUUUCUUAAAGAUAGAAAGAAAUUUCUAAAAAAUGCAGAAGAUUUUACAAAAAAACAUGCAGAAAAAAGGCGAGAAUCAUCAUCCUCAAAUGAAUAAUCCCAAAUGGUAGGCCUUUCUCACCACGAUGCCUGCCACCUCAGUUAAUUCAUUGCGAGUCGAUUUAUGCCGGUCUGUCAUAUGUGGAAUCGAGAAUGCCCGUGUACAGUAUUGGUUGAUAAGGAGGAUAUGAAUAUAUGCAAUUGUAAUGUUUAAUAAGGUGGAAAGAACUUUUCAGAGUAAAGUAAAUUAUAAUAAAAUAACUGUAUGAUAUUGUAAA